AGAUCCCAUAUCUCCCCCCCCUCUCUCUCUCUCACACACACACAAACACACAGAGAUCAGCCAUGGCUGUGGCACCAUCGGCACGAGAAGAGAACGUGUACAUGGCGAAACUGGCCGAGCAAGCCGAACGCUACGAGGAAAUGGUGGAAUUCAUGGAGAAGGUGUCGGCCUCAUUGUCCAAUUCCGAAGAACUUACAGUGGAGGAACGCAACCUGCUCUCGGUGGCCUACAAGAACGUGAUCGGUGCCCGCCGAGCCAGCUGGCGCAUAAUCUCGUCGAUCGAGCAGAAGGAGGAGUCUCGCGGCAACGAGGACCACGUGAACACUAUCAGAGAUUAUAGAUCUAAGAUCGAAUCGGAGCUUUCUUCGAUCUGUGAUGGUAUUUUGAAGUUGCUGGACUCGAGGUUGAUUCCUUCGGCUGCGUCUGGGGAUUCGAAGGUGUUUUAUCUGAAGAUGAAGGGUGAUUAUCACAGGUAUUUGGCGGAGUUUAAGGCCGGCUCUGAGAGAAAAGAGGCUGCUGAGAAUACUCUCACCGCCUACAAAGCUGCUCAGGAUAUCGCAAAUGUGGAACUUGCCCCAACCCACCCAAUCCGGCUUGGGCUGGCUCUGAACUUUUCUGUGUUUUACUAUGAGAUUUUGAACUCUCCUGACCGUGCUUGUAAUCUAGCGAAACAGGCUUUUGAUGAAGCAAUUGCAGAGUUGGAUACCUUAGGCGAGGAGUCCUACAAAGAUAGCACUUUAAUUAUGCAACUUCUUCGUGACAACCUCACUCUGUGGACCUCUGACAUGCAGGAUGAUGGAGCAGACGAGAUUAAGGAAGCUCCCAAGCGCGAUGAUGAACAACAGUGAGGGUAGUCUCCCCCAAUUUAGGAUUUCACUUCUCCUCUGGUGGUUUUUAUUAUGAGAAAGUGUUUGUUUUAAUUUCCAUGCUUUAUGUUAUUUUAGGCGUUGUCUUUGUUACUGAUUGGCAUUGAAUGUUAAUGCUGUGUCGCUUAGUUUGCAAUUUACUGUUGCUAUGAAUUGUUAAUUAUCCUUCAAAAUACAUAUUUGUCUGCAUUGGGUAUGUUUAAACUAAAUUUCUUUUGUGUUCACUAAACUAG